CAUGUACGCAAUGCACGAUGAAACAUUAUGACGUAAUUACCAUUGUGACGUCAUGUACGUUGUGUUUAUUUGGCGCCAUGAACAUGUUAGCAAUAAGAUGAGGCUCGAUCAGAGUAUUACUUAGACUCUGAUGACCGAAAGAUGGCGACGCUGACGAAGGAACAAAAGAUCCUCUGGCAGCAGGGCCGCCACCACCGGAAGAAGUCAGACCAUGUGUACCGCGAAAGCCCCGAACUGGCGCGGCAACAGGCGUUGCUAAGGAAACAGCAUGAGCGUCUCGAGAUGGAAAAGAAGUAUCUAAAGGAGAACUCGUACCUCUCAAGGGACCGACAGAUGUUGACAGACAACGCCAAGUCAUCCAGUUCCCACACGAGACCUGAUGUCAAAUCGAGGCUGUUUGAUUUCGAGAGGUCCACUCCACGUAGCAGACGACAAUUGCAGGAGACCGGAAAUGUAUCCGCAACGUCACGUGGUGUGACCCCACAGACGUCACAGGAAUUGGAGGCCGGUCAGACGCCGACGCAAGAUGUAGUAGACGUUGGGACCGGAAAUGAAGCCUUCGAACAAGUCCCCUCGGCAAGUGCGACCCAUGACGUCUGUUGUGAUGGUGGCGGCCACAGCGAGGCCAAUUGCAUGGAACAGACUGUGACACCAGCAUCCGAGCCAGACGCUGAUAGGCCAAGGUUACGGCGGGGACAGGAGGGAAGCGCCCGAGACCGGCGGCUCAGUCUGCCGGCGGUAGAACACACAGAAAUCGCGGAGUUGACGUCGCCUCUCACCCGACUAUCCUGCCUGCAGACGAAGUCACUUCCUCAAGACUUCCAAGCGUCCGACCGUCAGGGCUGUGUACCAUCCGACCAAGGCCGACGGGCAAGUUUGCCCCCGAGUAUACCGACUGAUAAGGGACGACGGGGGAGUUUACCGGUGGGUUCCGGUCGACGCGGAAGUCUGCAAUAUCCGUUGGCGGAUUCACCAGGCGCGGACUUCCCGAAAGUGAGGCGAGGCAGCGUGCAAGAGUCCCCAAGGGAGCGGCGACAAAGCCUAGCAGUGCCGGUUCCGGAUCAGACCUUUGAUACCUCGGAUGACGAAAACCGCCCGUCUUACCUCCGGGAGCGGCGAGGCUCCCUCCGAAGGCCGUCGGUGAAGGCCUCCGAGGAAGGAGCCGCCGACGCCGCCGAGGACACCCGCCGGCUGCAGCAGCUGUACAACCAGGCCAUACAGACGGUGCAAGCCGCAGACACAACGGUCCCGAUGGGCGAUCCCCACCUCGGCAGCUGUACCCGCUGUCCCAAGCCUCGGCGUCCCUCUGACCCUGGCGCCCCCUUCGACAUUGCGGCGCUCAAAGAGCUAGAAAACAUCCUGAAUGACGCCCGGAACUACUCCGCCAGGAAGCCCACCACGGAGGACCACUACCGCCAUGACGUGUGCUCGAACCGCGCGCAGAAGAAGCGGAUCCAGCAUCUGGAGCAGGCACUGAAUCGGCUCAACCACGAUUGGGAGGCGCCGGAAAUUGACCCAGAAAAGGUGCUUCAGUGCAGCUAUCUCCGGCUCUCAAAGUCCAACGUUCAGACGCUGGAGGAGAUGAUCCGGCAGCGGGGCAACGACCCUGGGAUCCACAUUCACACUGACCUUACCGGCAUUGACAUCUGGAAGGGGCUUCGCGAGGAACGCCUCGACCUCAUUAAAGCUGCCGAGGAGGCGGCGGCGGAAGAAGCCGCCCGGAAAGAGCGCAGUCGACGGGCCAAACGCGGCUCUAUCGUUAAAAUAUGAUUGCUUUCUAUUUAUUUUUUAUUUUUUCUACAAUCAGAUUUGUAUUUGUGAAUAUGUUUACUGACGUGGUGACUUUUUUAUUAGCCAAUUAAAAAUUUCAAGACAUUAA